AUGUCGCUGUACACACCCUUCGAGCUCGUGCACGCGCACCUGGCCGAGACGGCUGCGGUCGAGGUGGCGGUGCCCUCAGAGCGCACCUUUCCCGCCACCCAGGACGAGUACAACUCACCCCUGCACGCCGAGCAUGCGCUCAGCGCGUCCUUUGAUGCGCAGACAGGCACACUAGCGCGCUCAGUAUUCAACGGGUACGCGCUCGAGCUGCGCUCCCUCUCUCCCGUUAUCGACGCCAAGUCCAACUCACCACCGAGCGUGCUGCGUAUCGUACUCCCCGACCCAUUGCGGCCGCUCGUGUCUGGCUGCAUUGUCCCCGACUUUGGGGCUGGGAUGCUCACAGUCUUGGCCGUCACCACCGCCGACGUGAUCUACCGAUUCACCUUCCCUCUGGCUUCGUUCGCUGAUGCAGGCGACCGCAUCAAGUUCGUUACCAAGGACUUGGAGUGGGUCGAAGAAGUCGAGCUUGACGACGAGACAAUCCACGCUGCUGGCGGGAUCGCGAGCUGGGCUGCCGUGAGCCAGAACACCGUUGUCCUCGGCUGCACCGACGGCGGCAUCGUCAAGGUCGACCGCCUCCCAGACUCUACACCCGAAAAUCCUAACUGGACAACGUCUCAGCACCGCGGCCACUCCAGACUCCGCUUAGGCUUCUUCAGCCGAGGCUCCGACGAGACCAUCACGUCGCUCGCGGAGUUCGACUAUGAAGACCAGAUCCCCGUGUUGUAUUCGUUCUCGCGCGACUCGAAGCUCCGUACGUGGUCGAGCGUCACCGGACAGUGCCUCAAGACGUUGGACGUCCGGCUCGCCACGCAGGACCUCGUUCCCGCAAACCACCUGUCGAGCUCACAGCCGUCCACCGACCACUCGACGUCGCUCAUUCGCAUCGUGCCCCACCCGAACCCAGCCUCGCGCUGUUCGCACAUAGUGGUCGUCUUCAUCGCCACCCCCUACAACCCCUCGGUUCCAGGCACAUUUGUGUUCUACCGCGCGUCGAACACCUCGUCGGGAGCCAAUGACCUCGUGUACGCCGGCGAGCGGGCGGGGUCACCAGCAUCGGCCGGGAGCGAGCUGCGAGGCUUCGAGGUCCAGCCGCCAACACGGACGGACGCGGCCGACGGGUGGCGUCUCUGGGCUGUCUGGGACGCCAAAGGCAAGCUCGAGGCCGACUCUGUGCCCAUCAACGACAUCCUCCAGUUCUCGACGUACCACGCGCCGCCGACCAAGCCACGCAUGGUGCUCGACUGGCAGCGGGCGGCGUGCUACGACGGCGUAGAGCGCUACGACACGUCUUACUUUGACACGAUCCUCAGCCUUGACCCGCCCGACCCUGCCCAGCCAAACGCAAGCGAGGACAUCUCCGAGGUCUUCGCCAAGCACCUCCUCUAUCCCGGCCGCUUCUCCACCCUCGAUCUUACCACUGCCCUCGACGACUACGUCAGCCAACUCCCUGCUAUCUAUCAGGAGCGGCUCCGCAGCAUCGUCUACCGCAGCCUCAACGAGCGCUUCAUGGCGGCUGUGGGCUGUGCGUUGACGAUGAAGACGAGCCCACAGACCGGCGCACCAGUCGUUCACGAGUUCCGCGCAGAGUUGAAGCAGCAGUGGCUCGGAGUCUGGGCCCGCCUGUGCGAGCUGGACAAGCAGGGCAGAUGGCCUGUCGCCACGACGUCGCUCAACGGCCAGCUCGUCAUCCUCGACCGCGAGGGUGCGUCCACGCCUGUACAGGAGGACACGUCGGCCGUUCUCGUUCACCUGGGCCAGGCACCUCAACAAGCGGCCGAGUUCCAGUCGCUCCCGGAGGGUGCUCUCCGCGCGCUGUAUCCUGCUCUGGCGCCGCCAAAAGCGCGCCGUGCGAUCACUGCCGCAGCCGUGGCAGGCGAGACGUUGUCAAACGUGCUCUCGAACUCAGAAUCAGGUGACGGCAGCACAUCCGCUCUCGACGCGCUGCUCAGUCACCUCGACAACGAACUGUCUGUGCCGGCCCAGGUCCCACCAGAAGAGCUGGCUGGUGGCCUGUGGGAUGAGUUUGUCGAGCCGUACCUCACCGACGAGACUCGGGACCACGUCACGCGUGCGCUUGCCGAAUCGUCAUCGGUUCCUCGUACGCUCUCUGACGAGCUCGACAUCCUCUCGAGCUGGCCCGCAGCAGCGUGCGGGUCACUGAAGGCGGAUAACUGGUCGUUGUCGGGUUUCGGCAACGCACUCCUCACGGCGACUGUCUCUGCUGUCAUUGCGGCGCGCUUCGCCAUGGCACGCGAUAUCCUCCUGGUGGCGCUGUUCCACAUGACCACGUCUUCCGACCUUGCCGAGGACGACGAAUCAUCCGAGACGCUCAUCGAGGUCAUCGCCCGUGCGCAGGUCACGUAUCACCGUUACCAUGUUCUGUCGUGGCUGUCGCAGAAAACCGGAGCCGGAGAGGGUGAACGCGAGAUCCAGAAGUGGAGCGGGAGAGACGACGUGCUCGUGGCGUUUGGCGGCCUCAAGAUGCGCGAGAACGAGGACAAGGGCGUCGACAGCGACGGAUACGACACUGCCUACUCGCUCUUGCACGCAUUGCUGGCGCAUCCCCUCGUACAACAGGCGCCGCGCGACACGGUGGCGUGCUUAUUCGACAUGGCAAGCAGCCUCCUUGCGGACCUCGGCCUCGUGGGCAGCGAACAGUUCGACGUCGAGCCGCGAGCUGCCGACAUCAGGCUUGCCUAUACGGUGCUCGCAGACGGACACGCUGCAACGGCUGGCGAGCUGACCCAGCUCUACCCCCUGUCGUCCGGGACGGCGUACGUCCACGGCAUGGCGCUGAUAGAGGUUGGCGAGAUCGAGCGCGGUGCAUUGUUCCUCGAACGAGCUUCGGCUGGCUGCAGAGACGGCUCGUUACAGGCGAUCAACCCUGAAUGGCGUAACAAGAAUGCGCUUGGCGCGUACUUCCACCACGUGAUGAACGUGGUUGAGCAGCGCGAACUGUGGGUGCCCGUCGCGCGGUUUGGUGAGCGCGCACUGCAGUCGAUGGACGGCGGCGAGGCCAAGGAUAUCUGGACGCGCAUCUUCCUUGCGUACCUCCAGUUGGGGCAGUAUGAGGACGCGUACGCGACCCUCACGGACGCGCCAUUAGCCGACAAGCGCGACCUUCUCGGCCAGCUCAUCAGCGCGAUGUGUGAGUCGAACGAGAUCGGGCGUCUCAACUCGCUCGGCUUCAUCGGGUUCCAGAAGGAGGUCGAGGAGCGCCUCAACUUCAAGGCACGCAACUCGGAUCCUCUCCGCACACCAAACUACUACGAGGUGCUGUACUCGUGGCACAUCAGUCGAGGCGACUACCGCUCAGCCGGCGAAACAAUGUACGCGCAAGCAACCCGUUUCGCCGAGGUCAGCUCGAAGCUGAACCGCACCGAGAUUGCUGCGCUGCGCGCCCGCUCCUUCUUAGCGGCAAUCAACGCCCUCUCCCUCGUCGACAAGCGCAAUGCCUGGAUCGCCCUCCCUUCAUCCCGCGGAGCCAAGCGCUGCCGGGUAACUUCCUACAUCCCGGAGGACGUGUUCGCGAGUUCCUCCCCGCCCACAGACAUAGUGACGCUGUCAGACAUGCGGGCCGAGUACCGUGCGAUCCUGGCGCACCUCCAGCUCGCCCCCGAAGUCCCUGACCUACUGGCUGGCAACGUCUCCCUUUCCCCAGCCGAGAUCGUGGGUUUCUUCACCCAGCGCGACAGGUUCGACGAUGCGUUCCUCGCGGCCGCCGAGAUGCGCGUCGACAUGACGGAUAUUUUCAUCGCCCUAGCCACGCGGUGUGUCGAGCUCUCCCGCGGCGCGAGACGGGGCGACGCGCGCGCAGCCUUCCUCCGCGCUCCCGCUACUGCCCGGUUGCGCGGCCCACCGUCCGCCCUAGCACUGCGAUACCUCCAAAUCGCGCUGGGUAGACACGACGGCCCGGACACGCGAUACAGAUACACCGCAGCGGUGGCGGACACGUUCUUCAGCUUGAAUGAGGAUGCCGCACGUAACUGGGCCAUGCCAGCGUGGCUUGUGCAGGGAGAGCUGGCGCGCGAUGCUCCCGGAUGGAUUGGGCGCGCACUCAGCUUCGGAUGGAUUGGCGAGGCGAUUGAGUGGAGCGCCGACGCUCUGCGCGCCCAAGCCGCACCGGAGAGGAAGGAUGCGAGUUCGGACACGCCGUUUAACCUCUACGACCGGGUGCUUACUGCGUGCAAGGAGGGGGAGGAGAAGGCCGACGCGCGCGUCCAGGCCGCCGCUAAGGCGCUGCGCGGGAGCGUCGAGCGCCGUGUCACGGCUACGCGCAAGGUUGCAGACGUGUAG